CGAACAUCUUCCGAAUGUAUGUUUUGUGACCCGUAUGAUGAAUGUUUAUAAUCUUGUGGCUUUAAAUAAAACCAAUAUUAUUUUUAAAAUUUAGAGACUAGAUUGCGUCCAAAUAAAGAAUAUGGCAAAUACUGGGGUGCUUCCUUUUGUUAGGGGUGUGGAUUUCACUAGAAACGAUUUUAGCGGGGACAGAUUUCCAGAGGCAGUGAGAUGCAUGACAGGGGUACAAUGGCUCAAAUUAGAUCGUACCAAUCUUACAGAGAUUCCAAAAGAAAUGGGCAACCUGUUAAAACUGGAGCACUUAUCGCUUACAAGAAACCAGCUUGAGAAACUUUAUGGGGAAUUAACUGAACUAAACUGCCUUCGAACUUUGAAUUUAAGGCACAACAAAGUGAAAAGUUCUGGGAUUCCAUCUGAAUUGUUUAAUUUAGAAGAGCUUAGCACUUUAGAUCUUAGUUAUAAUAAUUUGAAAGAGGUUCCUGAAGGUUUAGAUAAAGCUAAAUCAUUGUUGGUGUUAAACCUAAGCCAUAACCACAUAGACUCAAUUCCAAACUCACUGUUCAUAAACCUAACAGAUUUGCUGUUUCUUGAUCUGAGUGACAAUAAUCUGGAGACUCUACCACCACAAACCAGACGUCUGAUCAAUUUGCAAACUUUUAUAUUGAACAACAACCCUCUCGGACAUUUUCAACUUCGACAAUUACCAUCUUUGGUUAACUUGGAAACACUACACAUGAGGAACACACAAAGGAACUUGAGUAACUUUCCUGGUAACCUAGAUAACUUGACUAAUUUGGCAGAUGUGGAUUUGGCUCAAAAUGCGUUGCCUAAAGUGCCUGAUGCCCUGUUCAGUUUGGCAAAUCUGAAAAGGUUGAAUUUAAGUGAAAAUGAAAUUACAGAGUUGUCUACAGCGAUAGAAAAUUGGCAGAAGCUAGAAACCCUCAACCUUUCACGCAACAAACUAACAAGUCUGCCGGGUUCUUUGUGUAAGCUGGCAUUUUUGAGAAGAUUGUACGUAAAUGACAACCAACUGGAUUUUGAGGGUAUACCCUCUGGUAUUGGGAAACUAGGUAGCUUGGAAGUGUUUUCAGCUUCACAUAAUCGCUUGGAGAUGAUUCCAGAGGGACUUUGCAGGUGUGGGUCGUUGAAAAAAAUGAAUCUGAGCUCAAACUGUUUGAUAACUCUGCCAGACGCAAUCCAUUUUCUCACGGAUUUGGUCCAACUGGACUUGAGGAACAACCCAGAUUUGGUGAUGCCGCCAAAACCUGUUGAGAAUGUCAGAGGGGCAGGAUUGGAAUUUUACAACAUCGAUUUUUCUUUACAAUACCAACUGAGAUUGGCUGGAGCUAAUAUACCGCAACAAACUCCAGCACAGAAUCCUAGUAAAGAUCCGAUAGCAAGAAAAUUGAGACUGAGAAGAGGUAGACGAGAUCAUGAGGAAGCAGAUCAGGAUCAAGCAAAGAUAUUAAAGGUGAAAAUGGUUUAUUGAGAUUUGUCUUAUGUAAAGGUACUUUUUGUAGGGAAUGAAAGAUAUUGCUAAGGAGAAAAACAGAAGCACACAAGAAGAGGCUAAGGCAGAAAGCUUAAAGCCUAAACGAUGGGACGAAGCCUUGGAAAAACCUCCAGUAGAUUACUCGGAAAUUUUCGAAGACAUGGCCGGCCAAGCACCAGGCCCUGACGAUAUGGGAAAUUGAAAAUUUCUACCCAAAUCGAAUUGUAGACGCAGCUCACGGGAAAUUUUAUGAAGCAGAUUGUUACAUUGUUUUGAAAACGUCUUUGGAUGAAAACCAGUCUUUGAAUGGGAAAUUUAUUUUUGGAUCGGCGAAAAAGCCCCG